UUGGUUACGUCAUUGAACUGCUCUGGCGGAAUUCCUGAGCCCUCCACUAUCCCAGCAUUCACUAAGCAAUCUGCAGCAUACUGACAAAGAAAACAGAAAAACAGGGUGGGAUUUGCACAAUAUCUGACUUUCACAAGAGGUACAGACAAGAUUAAGGGUGCAAGACAUGGUUUUAAGGAGCUGAACGGGUAAAGCUAGCUGUAUCUGAAGGGGAGGUUUCUGCACCUUCAGAGCUUAGAAACAGACAACCGCCCAGGUGGGGAUUCCCAGAACGGGCAGGACACCGGGAGGAAGGAGAGCUCAGCUCCGAGUCAAUGCAGCAGCAGAGCCGGCAGCCUGACCUCGUGGAAGGAAGCCUUCCCGUGUUUGUGUUUCCCACAGAGUUGUUCUUCUAUGCUGAUGAGCAAGCCUCCCACAAGCAGGUGCUCACCCUCUACAACCCUUACGAAUUUGCCCUUAAAUUCAAAGUACUGUGCACAGCGCCAAACAAAUAUGCGGUGGUGGAUGCCACAGGGGCCGUCAAACCACAAUGCUGCGUUGACAUCGUGAUCCGACACAGAGACGUGCGUGCCUGCCACUAUGGGGUGAUCGACAAGUUCCGGCUGCAGGUGUCGGAGCAGAGCCAGAGGAAGGCUCUGGGCAAAAAGGAGGUGAUGGCCACGCUGCUGCCCUCCUCGACACAGGAGCCCCCAAACCCCCAGCCGCAGGAGGAGGAGCGCCGCAUGAAGGAGCAACUGGCCGACAGCGUGUUCUUUGAGCAGACUGCACUCCAGACAGGUGACCCAGUGGCUGGGUUUUGGAGACUUAGAGGCACGGCAGCUAACUACAGAGCAGCUCGAGAGACUGAGAGCCGUGCCGUGUCGGGUGGGCCGAGCCUCCUGACAGUGCUGCUGGGGCUGGUGUGUAUGGCUGCCCUCAUGCUGCCCACACUGGGCGAGCAGGAAUCCACAGUGCCUGUCUACCUCCACUUAAGUGUUAACAAGAAACUUGUAGCUGCUUAUGUUCUAGGUCUUCUUACAAUGGUCAUCCUGCGGACAUGAAGCAAUGCAAAAACGUGACCCUCAAUCAAGAGAGGGGUAAAGAAGAACAGAAUGGGGAAAACGUGCAGGGGGCAAUGAGGGACUCCCCUCCGCCAUUUUAACUGCUUACAAAAACAUAAACGACAAACACAAACUCAUACUGUACAAACCACAAACGCUGAGGCCGUGGGAGGGAACUUCUUCGUGUGGGAGUGUGUUGUCCAGACACAAGCACUGACUGAGCCUGGAGCACAGGCCCGGCCAAGGGGUUGGGCGCGGGUGCUUUGUGUGAAAUCAUGAGGGGGUGGGCGAUGGGAUGGGAUACAUUAAAUUAAACAUGUUUGUUUUACUCCAUAUUCUUGUGUGUUUUGUGUAGUUUAAUAGGCCUUGCAUUAUCUUGGACAACUGUGCCAGGUUAAAUGCACUAGUAGUCACUCACCAGGCCAGAAGCUUGUAUUUGGCCUUAUUUACACAGGUCAUGCUCUGCACUCUUUACUCAAUCACUUGUUACUUGCUACAUCUGUAUCUAAGAAAACUCGACUAAAUAGUUCUUCUAUACAAAUAAAGUAAAGCUUUCUAAA